AUUAUCAUUCGUCAACCUCCAAAACCAACACCAAGCGGGUUCUUUACGCGCGAAGGUUGGAUAAUACAUGAAAAGGGAACUUUAAAACCACGCAAGGGACCUCAUCGUGUACUUCAUUCAUUACGACAUACUGUUUUGAUAUUUUCGUGCCGGACAUCUGGAAAACGCGUUUUCUCAUUCUGGAUAAGUUUUCGAAGUGCGUUUAAGCCCUGAUGGACACAUUGCACGUUGACGCCGGUGGGUGUUUUCUUGUUGUUGCAGCUAACGCGCAAAGGAGGUGCGGGAAAUGAAAAAUCAUCUCUGAAGUGUCGCAAACUUUUUCGCACCUGGGUUUAAACAGCAUCCACCACGACGAAUGGCAUCCUGCAAAGUUUAGUUUCCAAAUGGAUCGCCUUCAGAGUCGGUUUUGUAUCUGACUGAGUUUACAACAAAUUUCAGCCUUCAGAGUUUGACAGUUCAGCAUGGAUACAUUGAGAAUUGCUAGACUAUGCAUGCUCAUCGCAUGCUUUUGCUGUAUAUGGAGGAGUUCAGCAGCAGAUCACAGCCUGACGGACCACCUACAGACGGCAGACGGAUUAUCUGAACUGUGUGUUAUUGAUGAGCUGCUUUGUCAGGAUGAAAACGCCCUGCUGAGUUUCGAGGCCAUCCGCAGCAUUCACAAAGACAUGGACGACGAUGCAGACGGUAGCGUGGAUGUGACUGAAACAGAUGGGUUUCUAAGGGAGGACCUGAAGUACCAUGACACCAAAGGAAAACACAAGAGCUUUCAUAGAGCAGAUAUGAUGAUCACGGUGGAGGACAUGUGGAACUCCUGGAAGGCCUCUGAAGUGUAUAACUGGACAGUAGAGGAAGCAGAGGAGUGGCUCAUCAGAUGUGUAGAGUUGCCACAAUAUGCUGAGUCCUUCAAGAAAAACGUCAUGAGUGGCAGAGCUCUGCCCAGACUGGCAGUAAAAAAUGCCACCCUGCUUCUCGCCGUGCUGAAGAUACCAGAUCGCACUCAUGCACAGAAGCUGCAGCUGAAAGCUCUGGACACGGUCCUGUUUGGGCCACCAGUGAAGAGACACAGUCAUUUAAAGGACUUGAUGGUGGUGGUGUCCAUCGUGAUUGGAGUUGGGGGCUGCUGGUUUGCUUACAUCCAGAGCAGAAACUCUAGAGACCACGUGAGCAAGAUGAUGAAGGACCUGGAUGGACUGCAGAGGGCUGAACAGAGUCUCCUAGACCUCCAGCAGAAGCUGCAGAUCGCUCAGGAGAACCACCAAACGGUGGAGGUGGAGAAGGUCCGGCUGGAGCAGAAGCUAAGAGACGAGAUAGACACGGCUAAACAAGAAGCACAGAGACUGCAUGAACUACGCGAGGGCACCGUGAACGAACUGAGCAGACAGAAAUAUGCAGAGGAAGAGCUGGACCAGGUGCGCAUGGCUCUGAAGAAGGCCGAGAAGGAGCUGGAGUCCAGGAGGAGCUGGAGUCCACCUGAAGAUCUUCAGAAGUGGCUGCAGCUCACUCAUGAAGUGGAGAUUGAUUACUACAACAUCAAGAAGCAGAGUGCUGAAAGACAGCUCAUCGUGGCUAAAGAAGGAGCUGAAAAGAUCAAGAAGAAGAGAGGAACUCUUUUUGGAACGUUUCACGUGGCUCACAGCUCAUCGCUGGACGAUGUCGAUCACAAAAUCCUGACAGCUAAACAAGCUCUGGGUGAGGUGACCGCUGCCCUCAGGGAAAAACUCUAUCGCUGGCAACAAAUUGAGCAGCUGACGGGUUUUGUUAUCGUGAACAAUCCUGGAAUGUCCUCUCUCGCUUCUGCUCUUAACCUGGACCCGACGUUUAUGGGCAUCCGCCCUGCUACACCACAAAACAUACUGUUCUCAGAUGACCUGGAUGAUAUGGAUGAAGACAUGCUUUCCCCGGGAACCCUGGAAUAUGCCGCCUGGCAGAUGGACCGGCGAGUGACUGACCUUUGGCCUGUGGCCUCCGAGAACCAAUCCCUGUGGAAACAUUCUGCUCCGAGCCUGUUGUCCCUGCGGCCUCGACAUGGAGACCCCAUGCUGAACCUGAGCUCGCAGAGGGAUCUGAACCGGUCCGAAUCAGAUUCCUCUCUCUCUACGUCUCAGUAUGGGGACACCCAGUACACCUCCUCAGCUUUACAACACAAGCUUUCCAGAUCCAAUGGGGGUUCGUCCACAGACAGCCCGCUACUGCAGAAAAAGACCUUUGGGAUGGAGAAGUGUGUCAGUCUCGGAGAGAUCCACUCUAGCCUUAACUCAGUCGACUCCACACGUUCUCUCAUCUGCACCUCUGAGCAGGUCGGUUCUUCACCAACUUUAAUAAGGCCAGGCGGUCGUAUUUCUCAGAUCACCGACAGAAAGAACUUGGUAGACGAGGACAGCGGCUCCACGGGAGAAGACACGGAAGGUUCUAUCUCUGGCAACAAGAAGCGCAACUUUCCCAGGAUCUUUAAGAGACAAAAGAAAUAACAACAGUUUAAAAUUCAUGCAAGACUUCUUUCAUUCAACCAUGAAAAAAUUAAGAUUUACAGGACUGAGUGUAGCACAUUGGUACUUAAGUUUGUGUCGACCUGCGGGAACAGAUUCAUUUUCAUUUGUUGGGGACAGGUAUGAUAUCACUGUAAAUGUAUUUAUUUAGAUACUUCAAUGGCACGAGAUGGUUUGUGCGUUUUUGGUUUGCGUGUUUCUAAUAUUUUUACUAUGAAUUGUUUGACCCUCAAACAUCUGAUUUACAAGCACAUGCAAAGGCUUUCGGCACAUUCAAAUAUCAUGUGCUGUUGUUUUACAUAGGAUUUGCCUGGACUUUAUCGACUUGCUGCUGCUGUUGUGAUGCAACUUAGUAUUGCACUUCCAGGGGAGACGUUUGGCUUCAAUUAUUACAAUUUGUACUUUUUAAGUGCCUUUGUAAACAUCACUCAUCUUCAUAAAUAUGCCACAUCGCCUGAAAAAAAAAAACUGAUUUGAGUGUGACAUCAAUGGACCAGGAGUACACAGUAUCUGUGUAUUGUACAUGUAUUGCCUGGCAGUUGUGGGGGAUGAAUAUAUCUUUUUACAUUGUGACAUAAUUACAAUAAUUUUUAGGUUAUAAAAUGUUUGAAGUCAUUAGCGGGUGUCUUUUACUUUGAAAUGAUUUCCAAUGUUCUCUGUGUAUGUGUUCACAUAAAUAACCCAUGUGUCUUUUAAUGGUCAGCAUGUAACUACAUGCGUUUUCACAAAUGGCAGGGGUGGGGGGGGUGUUUUACAAUAUAAAACAUUGAAUACUCACAUA